AUGGAUUUCAUUGUCAACCAAAUGAUCUCGCCUUGUUUCUCUUCACCAACCUCCCACACACCCUAUCACCAUAACAAAAGCAGCCUCUUCAACCCGACAGCCCUAGCUAACCUCCUCCUUCUUUCCGCAGCGGUGCACGAGAAGCUGUUCACGCUGUUCAUGCUGGUGUCGCUGGUGUACAUGCUGUGUGUGAUCAGGGUGGUGCGUGCCGUGCGUCACACGCUCUCCCCGACGUUGCUUCGAUCCUUCUCGCAGAAAAAGUGGCUCUUCGGCAUCAAGUUGGCCUCCACCGCCGGCCUCCUCUUCUUCUUCUGGCGCCACAGGGUCCACUGCCAGCCCAUGGCGUUCAGCUGGUUCUCCCUGUGUGAGUACGUGAUCGCCACCUGCAACAUGCUGUACCACGUCAGCGUCGCCCUGGACUUCGCCGACGAGCACCUCAUCGUGGGCCACAUCAUUCCGGUGGCGGCGGCAACGCCCACGGCUCCCACUGCCUCCAUGGUAACCACGGCAUCCUCGUCACCGCGACACUCCCUCUCCACCUCCACCACCACCUGUGACUCCCUGGCCACCUGCGAGGGCAGCCCCGACGCCCCGCCCACCAAGAACGGCCGCCUCGACGACCCGCUAGUGGACGGCGGCUUCGGGACAGGAGUGGGAGGGGCGGCACCCAUGUUCGGGGCCGCCAGGGCCAGCCACGCCCCGCAGGCGUGUACAACGGCAUCUGAGCCUCGGACGGACGCAAGUGGAGGUGUGGGCGCGACCGGGCCCGGCGGCGGAGCGGGGGAGGGCGAGGCCCCGCCACCAGUGGUGCACCAGGUCCUCAACACCAUCCACGAGGGCGCCGAGCCGCCGCCGCCGCCCUGCCUUAACGGCCUCGACCAGACCGAGUCCACGGUGGUGCAGCGACGGCCGCCGCCCGCCAAUCACAACCCCGGUAGCCCAACGCCCAAGGAGUUCCAACCUAAUGCCCGCCCUCACACCGAAUAGCUCCUGCCGGACACUGCUCCGCCCACAGCCCGCUGCUGGGCGCUGGCCACCCACGCCUGGCGAGCCCAGCGUCCUUGGCAUGAGUGUCUCGGAGCCGAGCUGCUCCUCCCAGCCUGACACCAGUACCGCCGCCCCCAGAGAGGGUACCGCGUCGGCCCGCCUCGAGGUGUGUGAGGGGUUUCACCGGCCUGGCUCAGAGGUGAGCCGGAGCACGGUAGACUGUGCCCGGCAGCGGUGAGGCGGCCACUGGUGGUGUGUUUGUUGACGAAACACUUCACAAGACAGCCAGAGGUCACGCUGUUCUCUGAGUGGUGCGUCGCCUCGUGACGGUGUGGCGUCGCCUAGUGACGGUGUGGGGCAGAAAGGGAGGAGACCCGCAUCGCCUCCCAAAGGUGGCUUCGACCCGGCGACGCCACGGACAUCAGCAAUAACACCUGUUAAAGAUGACUUUCAGUAACAUUACAAUUGGCUUUGUUUCUCUACCAAACGUUAAGACAAUAUUACAGAGGCGCCGAAUACCCUCGGGGCAGGCAGCGCCGUGCGUAUGUACCCUCGGGACGCCUGGUUGGCACGUGUCGGGUAGCGGAGCAGCAGCGGCGUGUCUUGGGGCCCCGCGACACACCUGAGGCCUGGCCGCUGCAGCCUGACCAACAACCUUUCUUUGCUGCUGACAAUGAAGGACACGACCACCGCGCCGCCUCCCUUACAUUAAAAUUGUCCCGCGCUCACUCGCGCGGCCCGUGACUCCCAUGCCUUAUCACUCCGUGGCAGGGUGUGUGUCUGGCGGCCCCGGCUGGCGCGCGGCAGGCACCGCCACCAUCACCACCCGCAGUGGACGUCGGGAGUAGAGAGGAAAAUCGUCUGAUACGUAUAAAGUCCAUGGUGGCGAGAGAUGAACAAAAGGACCUCCGGGGACCGCUCACCUGGGGCAGCCUUGAGUCCCCUGAAAGGCGCGAUAACGCCAGUCGUCAGUGACUUUGGAGACAGCUCGCGGCGCGGCCCAGAUCUCUCAAGGUCAUAUAUUUUACCACACAAGGUUCAGUCACGACGCCUUGAAGGAAAUCUCAUCUUUUCAUCAACUACCGUCGUUCAUCGAUUGUCAUUUUCCUUUAUUCAGAUCGUUACUGUCAAACAUUAUCCAUCUAUUGAUUCGUUUAUCCACUUGUUUGCUUGUAUAUUAUGUGACCAGGUUUUACAGAUGUUUGUAUCUUUCUUUUCACUUUCCACUUGUAGGCACUAGUUGCAUCAUAGUUUAUAUUUGUUUUUACGUUGCCUCAUAGUAUUGAUUAAAUGCUUAAAUGCAAAAGUUAAAACGGAAAAGAAGUGUAUACAAUAUUUCAAGUGUUAAUCUGAGCUGUUUGCUUGUUGUCGUUAAGCGGCGUGUCGAACGUGACUCAAGCGACUCAGGUGGGAGUGACUCAGUCUGCCAAGACCUCCUCGCGCCCACCGGACACUCUGGUUGUGUUACUCUCAGUUAUUAGGGUUUGAUGCGUUGUUCUUUGGUUCACCCUGGAUAGUCUCCUCCCACGGGGCGCCACUAACCUGACCGGACCCAACGAUGGGAGAUUUUGUGAUGGAGCCCAUUUCCUUUUUUAACAAUAAUUUUACCGGGACUAUGCCGAUCCAGUGUUAUUUUUGACUAGUGAGUAAGCUUUGGGGUGAGACACCUCCAUGUAGAUGGAUUUUUUAGGUCUGGCACGUGGAAUAAGAAGGUUUUUAGGUUAAGCACAAGGAUGAAGGUGAAGCACAGGGAUGAGGGCUUCUUCAGGCCAAGCACUUGGAGGACGAUGCUUGUUAGUUGCGGCACAUGGAUACCGAGUCUGUUUUUUCGAAUUUUUAGCUGAGACAAGUAAGUAAAAAGGAGCGAUGGGUUCAUUGUGGCGUGUCUGGUUCCCACACACGCCCAUCUAUAGGUCAGGCCCGUGGAUAAGAGACCCUUCUCCUACUAUUUAUUUCCUCCUUCGGUCGACUCCUUCCGUCUUAGUAUUGGAACGUUACAUUCCACUUGGCAUCAAGGAUACACUUGGUCUGCUCCCUUGCACCGACGCCCCAAGGAGUGGCCUGCUGCCAGGAGUCACUCGUCCACUCCCCGGGCCGCGACGACUUGGAGCAUGUGAUCCGGUCCUCGAGGCGCCUCACUCCUGCAGGCGCGGGAGGGACGCCAGGGGCUGCAGGGGUCCGACAGAGGGUUGUGGGUAACGCCUAGACAUUUUCUCCCAGCCAUUCGUAGCGGUAGAGACAACGUCCCCUAGUGAUACGCUUCCACAAGGUUUUGUUCCCAAGUCUUCGCGUAGGACGCUUAGUUUCCUCGGUUGUAAGAGUAGCACGCAUGUGUCCAUCCUCCGUGACGCGAGUGGCACGCUGUAGGUGGCGAGAGACGGAGAGAGAGGGAAGUCACACCACAAACAUUACUUGUAUACUUCAUAGCAAAACUACAUGCGCAAAGUUGUUAGCCAAACUCGACGACAAAUGUACUUAUGUCAGGCAGCAGCAGCAGCAGCAGCAGUGGUGGAGCAGCAUGGAGCCAGCGUCCCCCAUGCUGUGUAAUGAAUCCUGCACACCACAGCACCGACUGACAUCCCGCCUGGAUGCAACACGGCAGAGCACCACAUCCACCUCCACCACAGCCACCUCCACCAAGACCACCACCACCACCACCACCACCAGGCACCAUAAUUCUGAAUCAGUCCCAUCGCAACAGCAAGAGCCGGGACAGUCCAGGCCGGUUGUGUGCGUGCGUGCGUGUGUAGUGGACUGGUGUAGUGGACAUACUUGACGGGGACGCAGCAGCACCAGCCUGCCUGUGGUCGUCCCCUUGGUGACUUGUCCCGCCCGUCUCAUCGUACCGUUACCCUUACGAUGCCUUGUAAGGUGCUCGGUGCCCCGCCUGCCUCGCCCUCGCCAUCACCCGCAUACAAGAGGCCCAGAGGGAGGCACGCCGCUGGGCCGCGGCCGAGGACCCUCCCUGUUUUGUACCCGACACCCCAUUUGUUAUUGUGACGAGAAACACACCACUCCACUCUCUCCCUCUCCGGUCUCAUUUUCCUUUCACUGUGAUCGUGAGUCCUUACUUACCACACACACACUACUCAUUUGCAUCCACGUCUGUUGUGUACAUAUAUGAAUAAAUUAUUGAAUAAGAAUACUCUGUACAUGUAUAGACACGGCUGUUCGUUCGCUGAGCAUCAAUGGUCGGCUUGUACAGUACUUCGCUGCGUCUUUUUUUUUUCUUUGACACCCUCAAACAAAUGUUCAUUUGCUUAAACCUCGACAAACGUUGAGACGCCACGACAUCCACCACCGUCACGACCACCACCACUACCCUGUACCGCCCCAAUGAACUGAGUGGGAGGCUGACUGGCUGGCCGCCGCUGACUUUCUGUACCCUCUGCACCGCCCAUUGUACAAGAUACAUGUGGGAAGACUGGCCAGGCCUUGGUCACACUUAGAGGCUCAAGAGAAACAAAAACAGGACCACCCUGAAAUAUUUUCAGUCUACGUCCUCUAUGAACAGUGACCAAGUAGACGUAGAACACCUAAAGAAGGCGAAUAAACUUGAAUUAGUUAACGUAAAUGAAAACUUGGCCAACUGACCGUCUGCAUUAC